AUGGACCCCCGUCAAAGCCAAGUUCACCUCAAACCACCGCCACCCCAACACGUUCGCCCUUCAGCAUCGGCCUCAUCCUCACCAGCCCCGACUCCCCGCGCCCCCGUAACAAUACAUCCUACCACAACAGUCGCAGACACAGUCAUCCUCCACGGCACGCAUCCGAUCUCAAUAGGCGCAGGAACGAUAGUCCAUCCCCGCGCCAAGUUCUACUCUUACGAAGGACCCAUCAUCAUCGGCGAGAACUGUAUAAUCAGUGAAAAGAGCACCAUCGGCGCCGCGCCCACCCAGCCUCCCUCGUUUCUCAGAGAAUCGCGCACAUCAGACGGAUUGCCCCACUCGCGACCGUCCAUCGGCGCGUAUCGAUAG